AUAUCAACUAUGAUUUCUCAGAAGGUCGCUCAGCAGUCGCUGCGACGGCUCGCCGUCCAGCAGCCCUAUGCUAUGCGCUGGUCUCUUAUGAACGCCGCCUCCCCUGCCGCUGUUGCCAUUGGAAGGAACAUUCAGACGAGAUACACUGCCUCCAGUGCCAGCACCUCUGAUCCUACCAAGCUUCUUGCCCAGCAGCGCCUGAACCGUCCCGUUUCUCCCCACCUUUCCAUCUACCGCCCUCAGAUCACCUGGAUGGCCAGUGGUGCCCACCGUAUUACCGGCCUGGUACUUUCCGGUCCUCUCUACCUCUUCGCCACUGCCUACCUUGCUGCUCCCUUGUUCGGCUGGCACCUUGAGUCUGCCACUCUGGCUGCCGCCUUCGGUGCUCUUCCUGUCGCCGCUAAGGUCGCUGUUAAGGGUCUCGUUGCUUUCCCCUUCACCUACCACUGCAUGAACGGUCUGCGACACUUGUCCUGGGAUUUUGGCAAGGGCAUCAACAACAAGACGGUUAUCCAGACUGGCUGGACUGUGGUGGGCUUGAGCACCAUUAGCGCUCUUUUGCUUGCUUUUCUGUGA